GAACAGUUAUCUCUUCUCUGUAUCUCAAUCUCUCUCUCUCAUUUGCGGGUUUUAGGGUGACUGCUGCUGCUAGUGCUCGAACAAAUCGCUGUCUGCAGAAAAGAUGCUGAGACCGCUCUUGAAGAAGCCUACUGGGAAGGGCACCGCUCUUGCUCUUCUUCAAUUCAAUCAACAGAGAGCGCUGCACAGUAGGAACAAGAAGGCAAUGGAGUUCAUAGCCAAAGGGUGGAGUGCUCUCAAGGAAGUUGAUAGAGUCAUUGAUUACUGCGAGCGCAAUGAUCGUCGUCUCAUCCCUCUACUCAGGACGGCAAAGGAGAACUUUGAGUUGGCUCUAGAGGCUGACAACUUGAACACCCAUGCGAGGUAUUGGCUGUCCAAAUUACAUUUGAAAUACCAUAUUCCAGGGGCAUGUAAAGCUAUAGGGGCCGCUUUGUUAGUUGAAGCUGCAGAUAUGGGUAAUCCAGAUGCUCAGUACGAAUUGGGUUGUCGUCUGAGAGUUGAGAAUGAUUAUGUCCAAUCGGAUCAGCAAGCCUUCUAUUAUUUGGAAAAGGCAGUUGACCAGUUGCAUCCAGGUGCUCUUUAUCUUCUUGGUGCAGUAUAUUUAACUGGGGACUGCAUGAAAAAAGAUAUUGCCUCAGCACUAUGGUGUUUCCACAGGGCAUCAGAGAAG